CCCCAGUCAUCCUUUCCCAAUACCACUAAAAUUUCCUGAUCCCCACAGAGCCAAUAAGUCUGGGUCUAAACUUGGCACAAAGGAGUACCCGGCCCUACUUAACUUGUUUAGGGGGCAGGCGGCAGAGAUCACGCCCCCCAGAGAGUAGGGAAAGCUGUUUGUUUGCCUGGAGCCGGGGAUACCAAGUGGGCCCCGCCCCUGAGUACGGUUGAUUCCUGGCGAGCAGAAAAGUGCAUACCCAGCGAAGUCAGGGUGGAGGGUCCGCAGCUUCCCCCUUCUGUCCACAGGUGCUGCUAGCCGUCAGCGCCCCCAAGCCGCUCUAUGGACUCAGACAUCUGGGUUGGCCCUUGGCGGCCACACCGGCCCCGUGGCCCCAUCGGGGCGCACCACAGAGGCCCCGGGCCCAAAUACAAGCUGCCAUCCAGCACAGGCUAUAUCCUACACGACCCGUCGCGGCCUCGAGCCCCCGCCUUUACCUUCGGUGCACGCCUUCCCACGCAGCAGACAACUUGCAGCCCCGGGCCGGGUCACCUGGUACCCGCCCGCAUGACAGUGCGCGGCCCGGACGGCGCGCCCGCCUACUCCAUCUUGGGCCGCCUGCGCCACUCGGCGCCUUUCCUCACUCCUGGACCGGGCAGGUACUUCCCAGAGCGAGCUGGGAACGCGACAUACCCUAGUGCGCCCCGGCACACCAUUGCUCCUAGAAACUGGGGUGUCCUCGCGGAGCACCAGAGCCCAGGUCCCGGGGCCUACACCGUGCCCUCGCUCUUGGGCCCGCACGUCAUCGGCAAAGUCUCCGCCCCAACUUACUCCAUCUACGGCCGCAGCACAGUGGGCAGCUUCUUCGAGGACCUUAGCAAGACCCCGGGGCCUUGCGCCUACCACGUGGUGAACCCUGGGAUCUACAAGCCCCGGGCCCCCCAAUUCACGAUGCUAGCACGGACUUCGGUUCCCCAAGACAACGAUCUGAAGCCGGGGCCCGCAGCCUACAACGUGGACCAGCGCCGGAAGCCUCGUGGCUGGACCUUCGGAAUCAGGCACUCGGACUACUUGGCCCCGCUAGUGACUGACGUGGACGACUGACCUCCCGGGCAGGCGUGGCCCCACAAUUGUUUGCUUAAAGAUUCUGAGUCAACAUCG